CCGCCUUUCCCCUCAGCGCUCCGGCAGCCGCAGGCCCCGCCCGCCGCCGAGCCCCCCUCGCGCAUUCGGUUUCGAUUCCUGCCGAUCCCGGCCGAGCGGUUGAGCCUCGCUCCUCCUCCUCCUCUUGCUGGCCUGUUCCGUUUCGUUCCGUUCAGUUUCGUCCCGCCGCGGCCGGCGCCUCGCAGGGGGAACGAUGAGCGACCCGGUGGUAUGCUGCUUCCUCACCAAGACCCUGUGCGCCCAGGGCGGGCGGCUGGGGCUGCCGGAGCUCCGGGAGCACAUCGGUCUCUCGGCGCAGCAGCUGGAGGAGACGCUUUCGGCGGCGGGUCCCCAGCGAUUCCUGGUGCUGCGGGACGGCGGCGAGCCGGAGGUGCUGGCCGUGUCGGGCGUGCGGCUCUGCCUCCGCAGGGAGUGCAAGGGCUGCGAGCGGCUGCACUUCUGCAAGCUCCACCUCAUGGGCAGGUGCAACCUGGGGCCCAGAUCUUGUAAGUACUCACACGACAUCAUCAGUGCUGAGAACAAAAAAGUUCUAAAGGCUCAUGAGUUGUCUGGCCUCAAUGAGAAUGAGCUGCGAGUCCUGCUUCUCCAAAAUGACCCUUUCCUCCUCCCUGAUGUCUGCCAAUCUUACCACAAAAGAGAUCAUACUUGUAGCCAGCAAAGCAACUGCAACAAGCUUCAUAUUUGUCGACACUUUCUCCAAGGGGAAUGUACUUUUUACCCAUGCAAGAAGUCUCAUAACCUCUUGGAUACCCAUGCAUUGAGGGUGUUGGAAACUGGAGGCAUUGAUAGGAACGUAGCUUCAAACAUCCAGACUAUAUAUGAUUAUAAGUAUGUGGAACUCAACAAGGAACUGAAGAAUGGGAGAAUACACAAACAAAGAGAAAAUGUAUUAAAAAAACCAGCAGUUGUAAGCGUUAAAGAACAGAGGAUACCUCUGCAAACAGUAGGCUCCACAUUUCACGUGCCACCUUCAGAAGGUAAAUCUCUAGGUCCCAGUAGCAAUGUACCUGAUCAGAGUGAGCGCCAGUUGCCAACAGGAGCUGGAGGUAAAGGCAAAGGUCCCAGUAGCAAUGUACCUGAUCAGAGUGAGCGCCAGUUGCCAACAGGAGCUGGAGGUAAAGGCAAAGAUAAAAAAGAUGAUUCCUCUGCUAAAGCUUCAAAGGACAACAAAGAAGAUGAGAGUGAUGAUCUAUGCGUGUUCUAUGUCUGGAAAUACUGCAAACAUAAAAAUAAAUGCAGAUUUGUUCAUUACCAUUUGCCAUAUCGAUGGCAAGUACAUAAUGGGAUCACCUGGAAAGACCUUUCCAUGAUGGAGGAAAUUGAAAAGGCCUAUUGUGACCCAAAAAUCAGCAGCAUAGCAGAUAAGAACAUUGAUUUCCAGACAAUGACCUGCUCUUCCUCUCUGCUUCGACGCCUCUCUACGCCAUCAUCAGUCACAAAACCCACGUUUGUACUGACCACGCAGUGGAUUUGGUAUUGGAAGGAUGACCAAGGCCAGUGGAUUGAAUAUGGACAACCGGGAGAAGGGGAUGGUGUGAAGUCGCCGUCCUCUGAUAUUCUUGAGAAUUUGUACCUAGCAGAUCCAGGUGCCACUGUAACUUUCCAGGCUGGUUUGCAUCAUUAUGAGCUCAAAUUUAAAGAAAUGAUCCAGACAAACAAGUCUUUUAAGACUCAAAGACAGGUCCGCAGGCGACCAAAAUUUGUGUCUUUUGAAGAUGUGCAGAAGAUAAAGAAAGGCAGCCAGAGGGAUUGUUCUAUUCCAAAUCAAGCCUGUCCUAUCCAUUGGGAUCAAUCUGCACUGCCUGACUUGGGAUACAAGGCAGUGAAGAUCAGUGAUACAACCUCUGAAUAUGACAAAAUAAAGCAGCUGUUUCUUCAGACUAUGAAAAGCUACCAGAUCAUUAAAAUACAGAGGAUUCAGAAUCCAUCUCUCUGGAAAGUGUUUCAGUGGCAAAAGGAGCAGAUGAAAAGGGAAAAUGGAGGGAAGGAAGUAAAUGAAAAGCUCCUGUUCCAUGGAACCAACACGUCCUUUGUGGAAGCCAUCUGCAUUCACAACUUUGACUGGAGAAUUUGUGGAAGCAAUGGAACUAAGUAUGGAAAGGGAAGUUACUUUGCAAGAGAUGCUUCCUAUUCCCAUGCGUACUGUCAGCCUAUGGUGAAACCAAACAUCAUGUUUGUGGCUCGUGUAUUGGUUGGAAAUUACGUUAAAGGCAAUGCAGCCUAUGUUCGCCCCCCAACAAAGUCCGUUGACGGGCUUCAGUUUUAUGACAGCUGUGUGGACGACGAGUCAAACCCCUCCAUUUUUGUUGUCUUUGAAAAAUACCAGAUUUACCCAGAGUAUUUAAUAGAGUAUAAGAAGGAAGAAAAACAAUGUAUUGUAUCUUAGGGGGAUCAGAGCCGCUUGUAUCCCUCAUCUUAUUUUCCAUACUGUAGAUGUUCUCAUACUUGGAGACUUCUUUCUUUUUAAUACAACCCUUUGGAAUGUUAAUCCGAAGAAUUUCUGUAUUGAGGAGGGCUAGCAAAACAGCUGUUACAUUUGUGGAGACUAAUUGCCUUGUGUUCUCCUCUUCCAGUCUUAAAUGGAGCAUAGACGUUUGGAUAACCAUAGCAGAAAAAUCAGAAUCAUGAGAUGGGAAAUGGAAUGUUACGACUUCUGUGGGCAAAUAAUUGUAAACGCAUUUUCUUAGAGAGUAUGUCUCUGCAAACAGUUCAGUUAAGAGAAAAAUUACAAGUACAGUAGUUUUUAGGCAAACUCUCAGGUUUUUAGUAGUCAAAGAUUCUUUUCCAUGCAGAAUAUUGCUGUUCUUGAUCCUCUCAUCGCUCACAAUUCUAAACAAGUCAGUGUCCAUAAGAAUGACUUGGCUUAGUUUUCAAAGUGCUGUUUGUUAAUGCUGAUACUAGUUUCAAGUUUAAAGUUGUAAAAAAAAAAAAAAUAUAAAGCUUACUUUAAAUCGUAAGUUGUAAAUUCUCAAGUGGAGAAGUUUUGUCUGUACAAGGGGAGCUACUGUUUGGAUCAGAAAAUUGUUGGAUCGGAUUAUUUUUGUAGAUCUGCAGUAACUUGCUGUGUGACCUAUAGAAAUAUAGAGCUCAAGCGAGACUGUGAAAGUCACAGCCUACGAGUAAGCAGGUACUAAAAUUCGGUGGUUUGGCUGCAACUAAUGGCCGUAAGUAUAAAAAGGCUCUGUCACAAUGAGCCAGGCUUUCGAGUGAAUGUGGCCACAUAUUUUCUUAAUGUGAACGUUUGCUCAGCAAAUGCUAUAGGACAGGAGAAACAUCUUAAGAAGCAAUGAUAUUUUCUGUCCUAUUUGUCUACAUUUUCGUUUAACCAGAAAUGUGACAUGACUGGAAGAGAUCAGUUAUGUUCUCUCGAGGCCAGUGGUAGAACUGCUGUCCUAAGACACUUUGUAUACGUGUUUUAUUGCCCACGUUGUGUUGGGCAGCUCACUGAGAACUCGCUGACAAUGUAGUUCCUCUUCAUGUUUUGAGGUAGCUGAAAGAUGCUGACGAUCCAGGACCAUCAGGUGGGUCAUCCUGGAUACUGCUUCCCUGGGUCUGCUUUUGAAAGGCUUGCUUUGUCUCUGUCAGCGACGUACAACCCUACUAACGGUGGUUACGCACUUUUUUUAUUGUUACAUGUUUUUUAUUGUCCCAAAAAGAAAAUAUAGAAACUCAAAUACGGAGUUUCUGCUGAAUUUUAAUAAGGAGUUUGUAAGUUAAUUGAACUGAAGACCCUCUGUACAAAGACGUGUUAUUUAGGCAGUCUAGCUGGUAAGCGGGAAACUGCUGCUAAGGACAGAGGAACGGUAACUUUUGCUUUCAUAUAAACUUCACAGUAACACAAACAGUCUCCCAGUUGUUUGCAUCUUCGAUAUAAACCUGCCAACCACAUGUUAUACUCAAGGUUUUCAAGUUACCAAGAAGAAUGGGGAAUAUAUACAAUUAAGAAACCUUAUUAAAAUUACUGUCUUAGAACUAAAUUAAUGCAUCAGUAAUGCUUUAAAAGGGGAAGGUUUUAUCACUUUUUAAGAUUUCUCUCACUUUUGUUUGCCUGUAGAGUUCCUGAACCAUUAAGCCUUGCCAUAUUUGCAAAUAAAACAUGUUUUCACUCA